GAUGAUUCCGUGAAGUGGGUUGGGAGCUGUCCUUUCAGAUCUGAAAAGCCGCGAGGUUUCAGCUUUGAGAUCCCGGGAAGACGAGAAUCUCGCGAGAAAUGCGAUUGCUGCUCAAGCUGUGAAGGGGCAGUUAGACGCAAGGGGUCCUUGUUCAUCAGUGCGCUCUGUUUUCGUUUGAUUCCUCGGCCUUCACGCUGGAUAGCCAGUUUUUCCUUUGCGCAUCAUCCUCUACCUGAGAAAUGGUCGCUUCCCCCUAGUCUAGACACGCUUUAAACAGCAGUAGUAAAAGUCAGUCUGCAAGUAUUGGAAUACGACUUUUGCAAAAGAGCACUGUGCAUCAUGGAUUCUCUAUCAGAAGAAUUUUUUGUGAGUGAUCCUCCUGUAGAGGAGCAGACUAAGGAGGAAGUCAAGAAUAAGGUAGAAAAAUCAACUGAUCAACUGGACGAAGAGGAAAGGAACGCACCUACUGAUCUUGUUCCUGUCAACCUACUAUUAGAGGUGAAGAAGUUAUUGAAUGCAAUUAAUACUCUACCAAAAGGUGUGGUCCCUCAUGUUAAGAAGUUCUUACAAGAAGAUUUUUCCUUCCAAACUAUGCAGAGAGAAGUUGCAGCAAACAGCCAGAAUGGGGAGGAAAUUGUUCCUGUUUUGACUUUACGUUUCUUGAUAACACAACUGGAAGCAGCACUUAGAAACAUUCAAGCUACUAAUUAUACUGCACAUCAGAUUAAUAUUGGUUAUUAUUUGACAUUACUGUUUUUGUAUGGUGUAGCACUCACUGAAAGAGGAAAGAAAGAGGAUUAUACAGAAGCUGAGAAUAAAUUUCUGGUGAUGAAAAUGGUAAUCCAAGAAAAUGAAAUUUGUGAAAACUUUAUGUCUUUAGUUUAUUUUGGACGUGGUUUGCUUCGAUGUGCUCAGAAGAGAUAUAAUGGAGGACUACUAGAAUUUCAUAAAAGCAUACAAGAAAUAGGAGACACAAAUGACCAUUGGUUUGACAUAGAUCCUACAGAAGAUGAAGAUUUACCUACAACUUUUAAAGAUCUUCUUAAUAAUUUUAUCAAGACAACUGAAAGUAAUAUAAUGAAGCAGAGCAUUUGCAGUUAUCUGGAUUGUGAGCGAUCUUGUGAAGCUGACAUUUUAAAGAACACCAAUUAUAAGGGAUUUUUUCAGUUAAUGUGCAGUAAAAGCUGCUGUGUUUAUUUCCAUAAAAUUUGUUGGAAAAAGUUCAAGAAUUUAAAAUACCCAGGUGAAAAUGAUCAGAGUUUCAGUGGGAAAAAAUGUUUGAAGGAAGGAUGUACAGGUGACAUGGUAAGGAUGCUACAGUGUGAUGUACCUGGGAUUGUUAAAAUCUUGUUUGAAGUUGUGAGAAAGGAUGAAUAUAUAACCAUUGAAAAUUUAGGAGCAAGUUAUAAAAAAUUGAUGUCUCUGAAAAUAACUGAUACUGAUAUAAGACCGAAGAUCAGUUUAAAAUUUAGUACAAAAGAUGAAAUGCCUGUCUUCAAACUUGAUUAUAAUUAUUUCUAUCAUCUGCUUCAUAUAAUUAUUAUUUCUGGUACUGACAUUGUCCGGCAAAUAUUUGAUGAGGCUCUGCCACCCCCUCUUUUGAAAAAAGAGCUUCUUAUUCACAAGAAUGUUCUGGAACCCUACUACAACCAUCUUUGGACUAAUCACCCUUUGGGUGGAGCAUGGCAUCUGCUUUAUCCCCCAAACAAGGAGCUACCACAGUCCAAACAGUUUGACUUAUACCUCCUAUUAGCUCUCAUAAAACAUUUGAAUGUAUUCCCUGCACCCAAAAAAGGCUGGAAUAUGGAACCACCAUCUUCUGAUCUCUCUAAAUCUGCUGACAUCCUGAGGCUGUGCAAAUACAGGGAUAUCCUCCUUAGUGAGAUUUUGAUGAAUGGUCUCACUGAAUCACAAUUCAAUUCAAUUUGGAAAAAAGUUUCAGAUACUCUUCUGCGCCUUGGUAUGAAGCAAGAGGAUAUUGACAAAGUGAAGGAGAAUCCCAUUGAGAAUAUCUCCCUUGAUUACCAUCAGCUGUCUAUCUACCUAGGCAUACCAGUACCAGAAAUCAUCCAGAGGAUGUUAUCCUGCUAUCAACAAGGAAUUGCUCUACAGUCAAUAACCGGCAGUCAACGUAUUGAAAUAGAAGAAUUGCAGAAUGAGGAAGAAGAACUAAGUCCACCUCUCAUGGAGUACAAUAUAAAUGUGAAAUCAAACACUGAACUACAGUUAGCAGACAUGAAUAAAGAUGGGACAUCAAUACCCAGUGAAUCUUCAACAGAAUCUACUAAAGAUCUCCAGGAAGUUAAGAGUAAACCAAAGAAAAAGAAAAAGACUAAGAAUAAAAAGCUCUGGAGGCUGGGAAGUCCAAGGUCAAGAUGCCAGCAGAUUCGGUGUCUGAAUAAGGAAUCAAAAGAAGACCAAGUCCCAAACAUGGGAGAAAAGGAAGAGCAGUUGAAGAAAAAGCAAGCAAGUCUGCACCCAGUCAGUAAAUUUGUGAAAGGUGAUGCAAGUGAUGGUCAAGAAGAUUCUGCAACUGAAGACAAGUUCUAUAGCCUGGAUGAGUUGCACAUUCUGGACAUGAUUGAGCAGGGCUCAACCAACAAGGUAACUGCAGAAUAUGGAGAAACUGAGAAGGAAAAGCUUGCUCGACAACAGCAGCUUUAUAAAUUGCACUACCAGUGUGAAGAUUUCAAACGACAGUUGAAAACAGUGACUUUUCGGUGGCAAGAAAACCAAAUGCAGAUUAAAAAGAGAGACAAAAUCAUUGCAUCUCUUAACCAACAAGUGGCUUUUGGAAUCAAUAAGGUUUCCAAAUUACAGCGUCAGAGCCAAGCUAAAGAUAAUGAAAUCAAGAACCUGAAAGAGCAGCUUUCCAUGAAAAGAUCUCAGUGGGAAAUGGAGAAGCAUAAUCUGGAAAGCACAAUUAAAACAUAUUUAACCAAAAUGAAUGCAGAAACUAACAGAGCUUUAACAGCUGAGGUGUAUUUCUUACAGUGUCGUCGCGAUUUUGGUUUGCUUCAUCUAGAGCAGACUGAAAAGGAAUGCCUCAGUCAGCUUGCCAGGGCGACUCAGAUGGCGGCAAGCAAUCUAGAAUCGCUUCAAUUGAAGGCCGCAGUAGACAGUUGGAAUGCCAUUGUGACAGAUGUCAGAAACAAGAUUGCGUUCCUCAGGACACAGUACAAUGAACAAAUUAACAAGGUGAAGCAAGGAUUUGCCUUGAGUACCUUGCCUCCAAUCCAGCUUCCUCCACCACCACCUAAUCCUGAGAUACUGAUGCAGCAGUUCUUGGGAAGACCCCUUGUGAAAGACUCUUUCUUUAGACCUGUACUUACUGUUCCUCAGAUGCCUGCUGUUUGUCCUGGGGUCAUUUCUGCACCCGGCCAACCUAGAGCCCCACUGGUGACGGGCAUAGCCUGGACUGUGCCGGCGCCUAUGGGAGAGCCUGUGCCUCCCAGUGCAGCCCUGGGAAGCGAUCCCCCCAUGAUGAAUUGGGAGAAGAUUACUGACAGGCUGAAAACUGCCUUUCCACAACAGACCAGAAAGGAGCUUACAGAUUUCUUACGGAAAUUGAAGGACGCUCAUGGGAAGUCCUUAUCUGGACUGUCAUUUGAUGAAAUUGUUUACAAGAUUUCUCAAUUUAUUGACCCCAAGAGAUCUCAGAGUCAAGGAAAAUCAGCGCCAAACGGGGGUCGUGUCUCCCCCAGCCGCAGUCCACCACCGUCCAGCGCUGCCCCGCCCCCAAAGCCAGCCUGGAGGCCCCUCAGUUCACAAGGUUCUGCCACAUGGGAAGGAGCCACUAAUUUGGAUGAGGAGGAGGACGAGGAGGAGCCUUGUGUGAUCUGUCAUGAGAAUCUCUCUCCAGAAAACCUCUCAGUUUUGCCUUGUGCUCACAAAUUCCAUUCUCAGUGCAUUAGACCUUGGUUAAUGCAGCAGGGGACAUGUCCAACCUGCAGGCUCCAUGUUUUGCUACCAGAAGAAUUUCCUGGUCACCCCAGCCGGCACUUACCCAAGAUCUGAUACAGGGUGUGACUGCGCAAAGGAAGUUUUUGGACUCUAUAAUUUAGUUCUGCCUUUUGUUAUGAGCUUAUUGUGUGAGUGGUGUGAAGCAGUACUUCUUCAGUGUUGUGUGGAAGAAGCGAGCUAAUCUCAUCAAAGCUGCAGCCAAAGAGGACAGGAUCGAGAGGGUUUAAAGAAGAGAGGAUGUUAAACAUUACAUCAUAUUUGCCCUCAUCUUCGUCGGUAUUUUCUUCCAGCAUACGCAUGAUAGUUGUAAGUAUGUAUGUUAGGAUGUCUUUUCUUGUGUUUUUUCCUUCUUAUUCCAAUCAUUCUUUGCUUGCCUUGCCACCACUAUACUGCAUUUCAACUUCCCGAAAUAAAUUUAAGCAAGAGAAAAAAGUGGAAUAAUAAACAAGUAGGAAAAUUUCACUGAUUAUAAUGUUUCUUUUAGCUUUUGAAACUGCUUACAAAAAAUAUAAUUAUUUAAAUUUUAUCUACCUUCCCCAUUCUUUUCUAUUCUCUAACAUAUGUGCCCAUGAAGACAUUCUGAGCUGCUUGAGGGUGAGGAGCACACUGGUAUGUUGGGUUGUGAGAGAUGAUUGUUAACAUUUCAGGAAUUUUGUGAGCCUGUUAUCAAAUUGUUGGUAGCUUGAAAUCUGCCGUAGCAGGAGUGUUUUACCCCGUAGAAAUUGGUAAAUGCUCUAAUUAAGUGCUUCGCUUCCCUUGAAGAGCCAGUUGUUAAACAUUUGCCAGCACACCACUGGGGCCACAUCUGAUCCUUCUGUGUACUCCCAGUGUCGUGCCCAGUAGGUGCAGCAUAAAUAGUCCCAGAAUCAGAAAUAAGGAAGUGCAAGAAAAAAAGUUAAUGUGCAAAGGAAGUCACUUGCUCUGUUGAAUAAUUGAGAUCUUAUGUUAAUUUGUAAACAUGCUCUUUGGACCUUAACAUUUAUACUUUGGAGGGAUUUUUUUUUUCUGCCUUAAGUUUCUAAUUUCAUUUUUUGAUGCUGGGGGUUGUGGGGGACUGUGUGUAGUUGCUUUUUGUGACAAAGUUGAUACCCACUGGGCUAAGUUGCAUAUCUAAAGUUUGUCAUUGAGAGCUGUCCUUACAAGUCAAAAACCUAUUUUGAAAAUAGUGUUGUGUAAAUGCUAUAAGUGUUGUCCAUGUCUCUGUUCACAAAACCAGAAGAAUUCAGUUACCUUGUAAGACAAAUGUCACUUGGUUCUAUUGUUUUCCAUAAUUCAUGGAAUUGAGACUGUGAAUAAGUGUUUCCUGACUUAACAACUAUUGAUACGUAUAUUUCAGUGUAAAUGUAUCUUGAAGUUACUUUAAAUUUCUAUUUAAAACUGCUAUUUCUGUAAUUGUGUGCUAAAUGUUUUCUUCUGUAAUGAGAAUAGACUGGAAAAUGUGAAGAAAAUAACCAAAAUUGAAGGCAGUCAUCUAGACACAUAAAAUGCCAAGAAUGUAUCGGAAUUGCAAAAUUCAGAACUUACAGGGCCUUUAAUAUAAUUUUCUUGUCUAGCACCUCAAGGUCAUUGUCAUAUAGCAAAUUACCUCGUAAAACAAAUGUUUCUCAGUUUAUGUUUAAACCGAAAUUUCACUUUCAUGUGGGAAAGAAUAAAUGUUUCUUAAUUGAACACCUAUUUUAUCUGUGUAUACCAGUUUAAAUGUAUCUUGAAACUACUUUAAAUCUCUAUUUCAAAGUCUAUUUCUGUUUAAUCAUGCUUAAACUUUUUCUUCUGUUAUGAGAAAGGAUACGAACAUAUCUAAGAAGAAGGCAGUUCGCGGGACAUCUAGACUGGGGAAAUGCCAAGGGUGUCUUGGGAUCACAGAAUGUCAGAGCCUGUAGAGUUCUUAAUGCUCCCCUAGGCUGUGCUCGCGUUUCACAGGUACAUUUUACCCAUGGUCAUGUGGCUAAGUAGUGCCGGAGGCAGUCCUAACCCCUGAGCGUCCUGACACUCAGGCACAUGCUUUCUCCACACACUCGUGCUGCAGGAUUGUAUCGGUGCUGACCUGCUAUUCUUGACUUCAAGGAUGGCGCCAGAAGACUUAACACAAUAGCUGAUAUAUGUAGUAUAUAUGUAGUGAGAAUGGAGUAGUACCGUGCGCUUGAAACUCAUGUUCAAUUCUGUCGAAGCUGAAGAUAAUGUUUUUUUUU